UUUCAGGUUGAUUGAGGAAGUCCGUAAGAGAGUUGGAACGUCGACACCUCGGACCAACAGACAGACAGGAAGAGAGAGACAUACAGCUGGUGAGACAGGGUCCAGAGAGGAAAAGGUCCAGUCUAAGGAGGGCUGAGUGCAGGAUGGACAUGAGAGGAGACGACAAAACUUUCCUGGACACGAUUAACACAAAAUAAGGGAUUAAAUUGUUUCACAGGACACAGGAGGACCCUUUUUGUUUCUACACGGACUCCAACAGAGACGCCAGAAGGAAGGGAUCUGCUUCUGAAACGUAUCGGAGCUCAGGAUUAUGGUGGUGCAUGCUCCGACUGAGGAUCUGAAGGACGAGCAAAAUGCUGAAAUGUAAAGUUAGACGUUUCUGCUGCUGCCUGAGGUUCACCUCACUGCUGCUUCUGCUCCAGGUUGUGAGCAGCGCAGCUCCCACAGAGGAUCCUGCAGCAUCCGUUCCCUGCAGCCUCUCCGUGUCUGGAUCAGAAUCUGCUCUGAACUCCGUUUCUGUAACGGUGAGCACGCCCGGACACAACUGCUCCUUCUCUGUGACGUCGCCUGAGGUCGGGGCGGAUGUCUCGGAGUGCAGAAGGAUCCCUGAAUGGGAACUUUGGAGGAACAAGACCGUAGAGGAGCGGGAGGAGGUGAGAGGAGCGACUGCUGCGCCGACCGCGCAGCUGCUGCUUCUCGGUGGCGAGGAAGGAGGGAACAGCAGCAGGGCGGAGGUUUUCACCUGCCGGCUGGAUCACCUGGACCCUGGAACCGCCUAUCAGCUGCAGGUUCAGUCGCAGACGGACAAUGAGUCGGCGAAUGUAACGAUGCACACCAGGCCCUCAGCGGUGGUCGGCCUGGCGGUGACCUCCAGGACUUACAGAAGCCUGGGCCUUUCCUGGCAGGCCGGCCCAGGGAGGACGCAGCGAUUUAGGCUGCAGCUGCGGCAACAAGCACAGGAUCAGGACAGUCUGUUAAAGAACGAGACGUUAGGAAGCACGACGACGCAGCACACCCUUAGUGACCUGACACCUGGGCGACUUUACCGUGUUACCAUGGUGACAGAGGCCGGCGGGCUUCAGAACAGCCAGACGAUCGAGGCUCGGACAGCGCCCUCUACGGUCUCCAACAUCACCUCGGAAAACAAUGCCACCAGCCUCAGGUUGUCAUGGCAGCGGCCCGAAGGCGACAUUGACGCUGUCGUCGUCACCUUUUCCUCCAAUGACACCUCCUUCUUCCGGGAAACCACUCAGCCUCCAAAUGCCACCGAGGUCGCCGCCUACCAGCUCACCCCCGGCUCGGCCUAUCGGGUCGAACUGAUGUCUGUUAGCGGCGCACUAACCAACCAAUCAGAAGGCAUCGUGAGGACAGCUCCUGCGCCGGCCACGCUCCUCAGCCUCUCUCCUUCCCACUCCGGCGGUCUUCUCCUAACCUGGGCGCCCCCCGCUAGUCGCUGGGAGGGCUACAGGGUUUUCCUGUUUGACGGCUCGCAGCAGUUGGUCAGUGCCGGCUUGGACCACGAUGCGGUGAACUUCAGCUUUCCAGGGACGGAACUAACACCCGGAAAACAGUACAGAGCCGCGCUGAGAGUGGAGAGUGGAGGACUGACGGCCGAGAGCAGCUGUGACGGAUCCACAGUUCCCGCUCCGGUGGCAGAUCUCCACAUUCGUCACUAUGAUGAGACCUCGCUCAGCGCCAUGUGGAGCCACGCCCCUUCUGGUUUAAGAGAUGGCUACUCCCUCACCAUUCGCCAUGAAGAUGCUGACGUCGGCACGCGAGAGGUGGACUCGAACACCAGGGAGUGCACGUUCAACGUGCUCACGCCAGGACGGCGUUACACCAUCACCGUGACAACAAGGAGAGGCAAACUGAACACGUCCGUAUCCGUGGAGGGAAGGACAGCCCCCAUGGCGCUGAGUACGAUCAAACUGAGCAACACUGGAGUCAGCAGCCUUCAGGCGCAGUGGGAGAAACCUCCAGGAGACGUGGACUGCUACAACCUGACUCUGCUGCAGAACAGUGUUGUUGUUCAGAACCACAGAGUUCCAGCUGGUUCUACUUCUUUGGUUCUGAAUGAUUUGAAGCCUGGAGCCGUCUACACGCUGCAGGCUGCCACCAUCAGCGGGCCGCUGCAGUCCAAACCCACCAGCCUGGAGGCUAAAACAGUCCCAGCCGCUGUCUCAGGAGUGGUGGUCGCCAACAGCAACAGGUCAGAUGCUCUUUACGUCUCAUGGCGUCCUGCAGAGGGCUUGGUGGACAGCUACGUGGUCCGCCUUGAAUACGGGAAGCAAACGGUCCAAAUGCUGGUGGUGUCCAGCAGCUCACGGCCUGAAUGCUCCUUCAGUUCCCUGGAAGCUGGACGCCUCUAUUCAGUCAUCAUAGAAACCAGGAGCAACGGACUGCAGAACACUGCUGUGUUUCAGGCUCGAACACAACCAGCAGCAGUGGGAAGUCCGAACGCCGUUCAUGCCGGAAGAGACAAUUAUCUCAAAGUGUACUGGCACCAUGCAGCGGGGGAUCUGGAUCGCUAUGUGGUUCUGAUCAGUUACAACCAGACUGUCCUGCAGAACCAGAGCGUCCCCACCGGACACAACGAGUGCGCCUUCUCUUCUCUGACACCGGGGCGACUCUACACCGUCACGGUGGAGACGUGGAGCGGCAGCUAUGUCAGCAGCGUCUCCACCCACGGCAGAACCAUCCCUGCAGCUGUGAGGAAUCUGUCAGUUAGUAACGCAGGAACAGCUGCUCUGAACGUUACGUGGAGCGCCGCCCUUGGAGACGUGGACCAUUAUGAGGUCACCGUGCUCUUUAACGACACCCGGGUCUUCCCUCCAGCCAUCCUGGGCAGCGACGUGCAUCAUCACCAGCUCACCUUUCUCACGCCGGGGCGUCUCUAUAAGAUCAUGGUGUCAACGUUCAGCGGGCUUCUUCAGGUGGCUCAGGUGAUGGAAGGACGGACAGUUCCCAGCUCUGCCAGGAACCUGCGGAUGAUUCCCCAGCGCGGCCGGACUGACUCUGUUGGUGGGCUGCUUUUGUUGUGGACGGCGGGACAAGGAGACCUGGACUUUUACAAAGUGUCCCUAUCAACAACGGGCCGCGUUUCAGCCGACACUCGUGUCGUCCCCAAACACGUUUCGUCCCUCGAGUUUUUAGACUUGAAUCCAGGUCAGGCUUACAUCGUAACCAUCCAAUCACAGAGCGGUAUUCUGACCAAUAGCAGCACAGUCUCCGCCAGAACCGCUCCAGCUGCUGUCACCGCCCUGCAGGCCGAUAACGGACACACCACCCACAGCCUGACGGUGAGCUGGGAGCGGCCGGUGGGAAUCUACGACGGAUUCCGCCUGCAGCUGCUGGAUGAGGCCGGAAGUGUUCUGAGAAAUGUGUCGGUGGCGGUGGGCCAUCGGAGCGAGCAGCUGGAGGGUCUGACGUCAGGGAAGCGCUACCUGGUGAAGGUGGAGACGCUCAGCGGGGGGGUCCCAUCGCUGGACGCAGCCACAGCCGAGGGACAAACCCGUCCUGCUGCCGUCCAAAACCUGACCGCAGUCCUGGUGAACACCACCUCCCUCAGCUUCUCCUGGCGCCCCUCAGAUGGACACGUCGACACUUAUGACCUGUCGCUUUACAGCAUCUCCGAGGCGACGUCCAAUCACAGGGCAGCAGGCAGCGGGAAGGAGCAUCAGCAGGUCAGGGAUGAGCUGGUGGACCAGAGGAAGGUCGGUCCGUCUGCAGACGGCUGCGUGUUCUCUGGCCUGCAGCCUGGAAGUCUGUACCGCCUACUGGUGGUGAGCCGUAGCAGGGACAUGAGCAGCGACUCUUCUGUUCUCUCCAGAACCGUCCCGUCUGCAGUGUCAUCUCUGCAGGUUCAUAGUUCAGGACGGACCGACAGGCUUACGGUCAGCUGGCUGCAUGGGGAGGGAAGCUGGAACAGCUACCAGGUUCUGUUGCACAACUUUUCUGGAUCCACUCUGGAAGCUCAGACGCUGGGCUCGGACCAUAAGAGUCACACAUUCCUCGGACUCAUCCCUGGCAGACUGUAUCAGGCUGAGGUCAUCACACGCAGCGGGGAUCGGACCAACAGCGUCUCCAAAUUAGGACGAACCUCGCCAGAAGCUCCCACUGACCUGUCCGUCAGACAAGGCCCGACCAAUGAUUCCUUAGAGCUGCAGUGGUCUGGCCCCGCCUCCGGAGACUAUGACAACUUCAGCCUACAGUGGGCGCCAGAGGACCCUCUGUCCAUCACAGAGACCCACCUAACCAGACGCAUCGUCAGCGGGAUGUUUCCAGGACGAAAGUACAACUUCACCGUGACGACAGUCAGUGGGGGCGGAGCCAGAGGCCACCCCACAGCCAGCAGCCAGCCAAUCCAGAUGAGCGUCAGAACAAGUCCGUCUCCCAUCAGGUCCAUCCACUGCUUCCCUCUGUCCUCCUCCUCCCUCUCCUGCUCCUGGAUGGCUCCGCUCGCCGACUUUGACUCCUAUGAGGUCAAAUGUCAUCAACACGACAACUGGGAGCUGACCAAGGUCCUGAAGCUGGAUGGGGGCGUCACCGCGGUAACACUGGAUCAGCUGGGCGCCUUCAGGAAGUACGCAGUGACCAUCAGAGUGUUGUCGGCCAAAGAGAUGAGUCCACCGGUGACCCGGACCAUCGUCACCAUGAUCGACCGUCCUCCCACUCCGCCUCCCAGCAUCCAUGUUAGCGAGAAGUCGUCCAAACUGACGUCGUCCUCCAUCUUCUUCCGCUUUAACUGCUCCUGGUUCAGCGACGCCAACGGCGCCAUCAGAUACUUCGCUGUGAUCGUGGCCGAGUCGGACGCGAAUGAAAUUCUGCAGCCAGAACAGCGCCACCCGCUGCCCUCGUACCGCGACUACAUCAACAACUCCUCCGUCAGAGCGUACCAGACGGCGUACUUCCCCAGUCGCUGUCCUCAGGACACAGACAGUUCUGCUGGGCAGGUGGUGGAGGUGAAUCUGGGGGCAGGCGGAGAGCGACUGGGCGGAGUCUGCGACCGUUACCACGACGAUGACCUGUACGUAGGGGAAGGUUAUGGAUGCUUCUGCGACGGGCCGCUGAAACCUAAAACGUCUUACAGGCUGAGCGUGCGAGCUUUCACCAGGCUGUUUGAUAAAAACCACAGAGAGGUCGACCAGCCGCUCUUCUCGGACACAUACCUGUCCUCACCGCUCAGGACGCACGCAGAGCCUCUAGGUGGCGUGGUGGAGGGCCUGAGCGCGGGAAUGUUCCUGAUAGGGAUGAUGGUGGCCGUCGUCUCCCUGCUGGCGUACCGCCAGAGGCUGCGCAAAGUGGCUGUGCAGGAGAACCCGGUGGUGAGGAUGAGUAUGUGGAAAGAAGUCCCAUCUUCAGGGAUAUAUAUGGGAGUGAGGAGUAAUCGGCGAGUCACCAGUCCUGUCAAAGCGUGCCACUUCGAGUCCCAUCUGAGCAAACUGCAGGCCGACUCCAACUACCUGCUGUCUGAGGAGUUCGAGGAUCUGAAGGAUGUGGGCCGAAACCAGACGAUGGACGUCGCCAGACUGCCGGAGAACCGAGGGAAGAACCGUUACAACAACAUCCUGCCGUUCGACUCGACCAGAGUGAAGCUGUCCUACCUGGAGGACGACCCCUGCUCAGACUACAUCAACGCCAGCUACAUACCUGGGAACAACUACCGCAGGGAGUACAUCGCCACGCAGGGCCCGCUUCCGGGCACCAAGGACGAUUUCUGGAGGAUGGUGUGGGAGCACGGUGUGCACAACGUCAUCAUGGUGACACAGUGUGAGGAGAAGGGACGGGUGAAGUGUGACCAGUACUGGCCUGCAGACAAGGAACCGCUCUACUAUGGUGACUUGGUCAUCCAGGUGCUGUCGGAGUCCGUCCUGCCUGAAUGGACCAUUAGAGAGUUCCGGAUCACCUCGGAGAACAGCUCCAGUUACCCCCGCUUGCUGCGACACUUCCACUACACCGUGUGGCCCGAUCACGGCGUUCCUGAGAGCACCCAGUCCCUGAUCCAGUUCGCCCGGACGGUCCGGGACUACGUGGACCGAUCCCCGAGUACUGGAGCCACCGUCGUUCACUGCAGUGCUGGAGUCGGGCGCACAGGGACCUUCAUCGCCUUGGACCGGGUUCUGCAGCAGCUGGACUCCAAAGGAAGCAUCGAUCUUUACGGCUGCAUCUUCGACCUGCGACUCCAUCGGCAGCACAUGGUCCAGACUGAGUGUCAGUACGCCUUCCUGCAUCAGUGUGUGAGGGACGUCCUGAGAGCCAGGAAGCAUCGCAGCGAGCAGGAGAACCCUCUGUACCCCAUCUACGAGAACUUCAACCCAGAAUACUGCCACCAUUUUAUCUACAACGGACGUUAAGAUGAUGAUGACGACCAGCCAAUGAGGAGGGAGGAAACACUUCCGAAGUCUUACAUGGAGACGGGGAGAGAGCUGAGGUCCUUCAGGAGGACUCUGGCAUUUUCUAACCAAUCGAUGCCUAAAUAUUCAGGAUCGACGUUCAUAGACUUUUGUAGCAUACAUUUUUAUUUUUUCUAACUUUGGUUAAAUCACCAUGGUAACCGAGCGCAUCACCUGUUAGGGAUCCCGAAUAAAUAUUUAUAGAAAUCACCAUCAUGUCACUUUUUGGAGCCGAUAAAAUGCCAGAGCCCUGCCCCUCCCCCAGCUGUUGCUGCACACUACUGGUCAGCUGGCUAAAAUAAAGCCCGUCCAAACUCAGGAUGAUCGACAGAGCGGAUUCGUCCUAAUAUUCCAGAACAUGUCCGGCCCGAGUGUUGGACUCCUAAAAGCGCCUCUAUUUAGGAUGCUGUUACCAUAGUGAUCUUACCAGGUUUUAAAAGUAAAAAAAAUGUUUGUAUGAAAGAUGUCACAGAGCACUUAAGAAGCAAACUGUCCCUCCUCUACCUGAAUUCUGCUCAUUCUGACCCACAUCUUCACCAAUUUACUGAGGAAAGAAAGAUGUUCUCACUGCCCCAUAUAAGCUGUUUAUUUAAAGCAAACUGUAAAUAUGGAUAAUCUGCUGGUUUAUUCCUGCUGUUUAUCCUCAAGCUGUCUGCUUCAAACUUUAACUUUUCUGCUGUUUAACUGAAGAAAUUAAAAUCUGGAAGUGUUUUUUUCUGAUGUUUUUUGUAGCAAAGCUCAUAACGGUUAGAAAAUAUACAUUUAAGUUUUUGUAAACAGGAUUUUUAAGGAUGUAUUUUUAAUAUAAAAAUGUCUGAGAACAAAGCCAACUCUUUCCCUCAUCAGAAUCAUGUAAACCUGAUCCUAAAAUAAUCAUUAAAAUUCAUGGCCUCUC